AGAUUUGGUGGAAUAAUUUUUUGGCCAAGCAGUGCAUAAUGAGGGCGAGGGAGAUUAAAAAAAAAAAAAAGGUAGGUAUCAGAAGCUGACAGAUUCAAGAAGAUGAAACGCAGUACACCCACCGGCCGCUCGCCACCCCGGCCCCCUCCCUCCGCUUAUUAACACACCUGUUUCUUCACGUGUUAUAAAAACUCAUUUAUAUGUAUGUACAAGAGAAUGAAUAUGCAUCCGAAUCUUAUCUAUUAAUUAUUACUCGAAAAAUCAAAGCAUACGUAUAGCUUUCGCUUUUAGCCAGGCAUGCUUAUCCUAGAAGGACAUAUUCUGGGGGAUCACCAUAGCAAACAAGCUAGCCAGGAACUUUCAUUUCUGGCAAAACCAGCAGUGACCAAUUAAUUGCCAAUAAACAAUGAAUAUUUAUAAGAAUAUUAAAGGAAAGAGCAAAGAAACUUCUAUCCUUUUGGAAUAUAUAUUACAAAGAGCAGCAAAAUGAGAAACUCGCUUGCUUGCUGUUCAUUUUCCUAAUAAUUCUUGUGUUUUUCACUCUCUUUUUUUCUGUCGAUCUUUCGUUACACGAUGAUGUGUAUAUAUUAUGGAUUAAGGCAGCGUGUUAAUCAAGAUUAACCCUUGAUCAUCCCAACAAACUUGAUUCACAUGUUAUAAACCUAAACCAUGUUACUAAUUAGCAUACCGCGAGGGGACCAUUAUUAGGUGAUAUAAUACAAAAAGAAAAAGAGAAAGAAAGAGAAAGAACGAAGAAACAGUGGAAGAAACCGGCAAUUUUCAGAUUUCCAAGGCGUAUCUCCAACCUUAUGGCGCUCUGGUGGGCCGAAAAUCUCAGAAAGCAUAUUCAGAUUAAUCCAUAUAUUAUUUUAUAUGCUUGUUUUCAGUAAUGCAAUCUUUAUUUCGGCUUCAAGAAGUUGAUCGAAUGCUAAAGGUUCUCAAUUCUCGUUAAAGAAAUUGUAGAGGGCUUGCUCUUAUUUUUCAGUGGAGUAUAGUAUAUAUGCAACCCUAGCAGCAGCUUCAGGUACAUACACUACUAGAAAUUAACCAACCGUCAUUUCAUGUAAGAUGUGUGCAUAUGCCGGGAAGGUAAAAGAAACGUGUGAAUGUGAUUACCCGCAAAGUCACCAAGUCUUGUCUUUCUUCUGUUCUGGUAAUAUUGCUGGUUUUAGCGCAUGUGGCAGGAAGAAAAUAGAUAACCAGGAGGAUGAUUGUCAUCGGUUUCUGAUUACAUGUUUAAUUAGAAUAUUUUUCAUUUUUAAUUAAUGAUCUGCUAUUGAAGCUGAUGAGAUUGAAAUCAGGUUUGCAGGAGAGCUAGCUAGCCACCAGCUGCUGGGGUUGGAUAUAUAUAUGGUCUACAGCUAUAUCUGCUUCAAAAAGGAUGCCUUAUAGUAGAGUAAUUGGAUAUUGUGUCACCCAUUACAUUUGCAUCUCUUUCAUGCACUUCAAGACACAAUCCCUUUGUGAUCCGUCCUCCUUCUCCUCUUCAUUCAAUCAUGUCGUCUUUCAGGUGGCUCAAUCUUGCAAGACUCACAAACAAACUUACCGAUCAUUGCAAUGGAGGUAAUUACGACGCCGUUUUGGGCUCCACCGAGUGUUAUGCUUGUACCCAGGUUGGCGUCCCCGUCUUCCACUCCACCAGCUGUGACAGCUCCACUGCCCACCACCCCCAUUGGCAAGCCUCCGCCGGUUCUUCCCUCGUUCCAAUACGUGCUUCUUUACCCAAGUCUAACCCGACCCAUGCUCUCACUGGCCCUUUUGGGCCCAUCCUGGACCCACGUAGCCAGUGGGUCCAGUGGUGGAACCGGGUGUUCUUGUUAGCACGUGCAAUAUCUUUGGCUGUUGAUCCGCUUUUCUUUUACGCCUUGAGUUUAUCAUUAGGGAAAGGUGGGGCCCCGUGUUUGUACGUGGACGAUGGGGUAGCGGCUUUCGUUACCGUUGCUCGCACGUGCCUGGACGCUGUGCACCUCUGGCAUUUGUGGUUGCAAUUCAGGUUGGCCUACGUGUCAAGGGAGUCUCUUGUUUUUGGCUGUGGCAAACUCGUGUGGGACGCACGUGCCAUCGCUUCCCAUUACGUAAGGUCGCUGAAGGGAUUCUGGUUGGAUGCCUUUGUCAUACUCCCAUUUCCUCAGGCAAUAUUUUGGUUGUUGGUGCCAAAAUUGGUGGUACAGGAGAAGAUUGAGCUGGUAUUAACAAUAGUAUUGCUAACCUUCUUGUUUCAAUUCCUCCCUAAGCUCUACCAUAGCUUUUGCUUGAUGAGCAGAAUGCGAAAGGUCACAGGCUACAUUUUUGGCACCAUUUGGUGGGGUUUUGGCCUUAAUCUCAUUGCCUACCUGAUUGCCUCUCAUGUUAUUGGAGGAUGCUGGUAUGUGCUUGCUACUCAGCAUGUAAUGUCAUGCCUCAAGGAACAGUGCGAAAGAAAUAGCAACUGCAACCUCUCUUUGUCAUGCUCAAUGGAUGUUUGUUAUCAAUUUAUGUAUCCUGAAGAUAAAUUUGGAAACCAAUGUGGCAAUAACUCAAAAAUGAUUGCAAAACCAUUGUGCUUGGAUGAUGAAGGACCAUUCAAUCAUGGGAUCUACACAGAGGGGCUUCUAGUUGUUACCAGCAAUUCACUUGCAGUCAGGGUACUUUAUCCCAUAUUUUGGGGCCUGUUGAAUCUCAGCUCUUUCGGCAAUGCGCUCGAUCCAACAAGUAACUUGAUAGAAGUCGUGUUCAGUAUAUUCAUUGUGCUGUUUGGCUUUACUCUCUUCACUUUAAUGGUUGGGAACAUCCAGGUAUUUUUGUCUGUGAUCUUGGCAAAAAACAAAAACAUGCAGCUGAAGCGUCGAGACAUAGAAUGGUGGAUGAGUAGAAGACAAUUGCCACCUGAUUUAAGACGAAGAGUUCGGCAUUUUGAAAAUCAGAGAUGGGCAGUCAUGGGAGGAGAAGAUGAGAUUAAGUGGAUGGAAGAGUUGCCUGAGGGCCUCCGAAGAGAUAUCAAGCGCCAUCUCUGCGUAGACCUCAUCAGAAAGGCACCUCUGUUUCACAAUUUGGAUGAUCUUAUUCUUGACAACAUUUGUGAUCGGGUCAAGCCCCUUAUCUACAGCAAAGGCGAAAAGAUAAUUAGAGAAGGAGAUCCUGUGCCAAGGAUGUAUUUUAUAGUGCGUGGACGUGUGAAGCGUAGCCAAGGACUUAGUAAAGGCAUGGUAGCCACAAGUGUGCUUGAGCCUGGAGGCUUCUUAGGUGAUGAAUUGCUCUCCUGGUGCCUUCGCCGUCCAUUUAUAGACCGACUUCCAGCCUCAUCUGCAACGUUUUAUUGUCUGGAUUCAACAGAAGCAUUUGGUCUUGAUGCAAACCAUCUCAGGUAUAUCACUGAUCACUUCAGGUACACGUUUGCUAGCCAAAGACUCAAGCGAACAUUGAGAUAUAACUCAUCUAAUUGGCGAACAUGGGCAGCUGUGAACAUACAAUUUGCUUGGCGACGAUACAGAAUGAGAACUAGAGGUCUAGUGCUUCCUGUAGUGUUAAAUGGGAACAUUGAGAAUCUGCUUCGACGGUAUGCUGCAAUGUUCAUGUCACUCAGGCCACAUGACCACCUUGAAUAAAUGAAAGUGUACCCUUUGUCGGUCCGUCCCGGCAAUAUUACCAAACAAAUAACUAACAAAAAAAAUCUUCUAGUUUCUUUGAAAUCUUAUUUUUCCAUGAAAAUCAUGGAACUCAUAAUAAUAUCUGAACUUGAAAAAUAAAAUGUAUAAAUGCCUGCUCUUUGGCUGCUUAUAAAUUAAUUAGCCAAGAUCAUCUUCAAAGCCUAUGCUUUGGUUGAAUGCUUGUUGUUUGCAUCAUCCUCCA